CAGCUUCGGGCAGUGGCUACCCUGCUUCCUCCACCGGAUCCUCGAGGUGCGGGCCCCGGCGGGGCCGGACUGGCGCCGCGGAGCAGGCUGCAGGGAGGCCCGGAGGCAGCCCGAGACUUCGCGACGUUUUUGCGACAGCUGUGGCCGUGUUCCGCGAGUUCCCUCCCUCCUCCUCUCUCUGAGGAGGUACCGGCUGUUGUGCGGCGCUGCCUUUCUGUUUGAGUGUAUGGGUGAGAGAGUGAGUGAGUGAGUGUGAGCGUGUGUGAGAGAGAGGGUGAGGCGUGAGUGCGAGUGUAAGAGGAGGAGAGCCCGCCGCGGCCGCCCCGCCGCUCCCCGCAGCGGGAGCAGAACGCGCGGCAGGAGAGAGCAGGAGAGCCGGCGCCCCGGGAGCCCGCGGGGACAAGGGCAGAGACGCCGCUCCCCACCCCCAGCCGUCGUCCCUCUGCUCUCCUUCGCCCGGGGGAACCUCCCCGUCCCCCCACUCCCUCGGCCGGCCUCUGCCCCGCCGUCCCCCUGGAUGUCCCCCGCGCUCUUGCGGGGCCUCCUCCUGCUCUUGCCGCAUCAGUCGGGCUGGUGCUGCGGCCGCCGGGCGUAGAGCGGGCGGGUUCCCGGGGGCUGCGGCUGCCGGUGCUUCCCCGGUCCCCACCCCUGUCCCCCGGCCCCCCGACCCAGCUCCCCGGCCCCGGAGGCUGUGACAAUGGACUAUGACUUUAAAGUGAAGCUGAGCAGCGAGCGGGAGCGGGUCGAGGACCUGUUUGAAUACGAGGGCUGCAAAGUUGGCCGAGGCACUUAUGGUCACGUCUACAAAGCCAAGAGGAAAGAUGGGAAAGAUGAUAAGGACUAUGCUUUAAAACAAAUAGAAGGAACUGGGAUCUCUAUGUCGGCAUGUAGAGAAAUAGCAUUACUUCGAGAGCUUAAGCAUCCAAAUGUCAUCUCUCUUCAAAAGGUGUUUCUGUCUCAUGCUGAUAGGAAAGUAUGGCUUCUGUUUGACUACGCUGAACAUGACCUCUGGCAUAUAAUCAAGUUUCACAGAGCUUCUAAAGCAAACAAGAAGCCAGUUCAGUUACCUCGGGGAAUGGUGAAGUCACUAUUGUAUCAGAUCCUAGAUGGGAUUCACUACCUGCAUGCUAACUGGGUGUUGCACAGGGAUUUGAAACCUGCUAAUAUUUUAGUUAUGGGUGAAGGUCCUGAGCGAGGAAGAGUAAAAAUUGCUGAUAUGGGCUUUGCCCGAUUAUUUAAUUCACCUUUGAAGCCUUUAGCAGAUUUGGAUCCAGUAGUCGUAACAUUCUGGUACCGAGCCCCAGAAUUACUUCUUGGAGCGAGACAUUAUACCAAAGCUAUUGAUAUUUGGGCUAUAGGGUGUAUAUUUGCAGAACUACUAACGUCAGAACCAAUAUUUCACUGUCGACAAGAGGACAUCAAAACUAGUAAUCCUUAUCACCAUGACCAGCUGGACAGAAUAUUCAAUGUAAUGGGAUUUCCUGCAGAUAAAGAUUGGGAAGAUAUAAAAAAGAUGCCCGAACAUUCAACAUUAAUGAAAGAUUUCAGAAGAAAUACGUAUACCAACUGCAGCCUUAUCAAGUACAUGGAAAAACAUAAAGUUAAACCAGAUAGUAAAGCAUUCCACUUGCUUCAGAAGUUGCUUACCAUGGACCCAAUUAAGCGAAUUACCUCAGAACAGGCUAUGCAGGAUCCCUACUUCUUAGAAGAUCCGCUUCCUACAUCAGACGUUUUUGCCGGUUGUCAGAUCCCUUACCCCAAACGAGAAUUUUUGACAGAAGAAGAACCUGAUGACAAAGGAGACAAAAAGAACCAGCAGCAGCAGCAGGGCAAUAACCAUACUAAUGGAACCGGUCACCCAGGGAAUCAAGACAGCAGUCACACACAGGGACCCCCGUUGAAAAAAGUGAGAGUUGUCCCUCCGACCACUACCUCAGGUGGACUAAUCAUGACCUCAGACUAUCAGAAAACUGAUGCUUUCACGUGUUCCCCUGCCGAGCCGGGGGCAGACCCAGGACACAGACUCAGAUCUGACUGCCAAGGCUGCCUGCUCGUGGAUCCUGUCGAGUGACAUUGUCAGUUCCUUUGCAGAAAGACCUGCUUUGAAAAUCAUAUUCCACCUCCUUGCUCAUUCUGAUCAUAUUGCCAACUCAGCCGGGUUUCAGUGUGGAGAGGACACUGAAAGCUUGCCCAGUGAGAGUUACUUACCUACCAAAAGAGAAAAGGAGAUCUUACUGAACUGGUGAGCUUCCCAGAGCUGCCACUACGGUUCAGGAAUAAGAUCUUCACUCUUCGCUUUGGUUGAGGAGGGGGCCAGUCCACCGAACCGUGGAAAUUCUUGAGACUCUGCCGGGGUAGCAGCUCUCUUCCAAGAACAAAACAGGGACGUCAAGGGCAGACAUCUCUGAGGGUCGAUGUUUGUUCAGACAUCUCUCUCUCCCUAUCUGGAUGGAAAGAGUGCAUCCUUCUUGGCCCAAGAGUGUGUUUGCACACUAAGGCAUCCUUAGAAUGAAGCGGAGCAGUGCUUGGACCUUUGCUACUGAAACCAAGAAAAUGCUGCUGCACUUCUUUGUUUCUUGGUGUUCUCAUUGUGGUUGGUUUUUGUAGUGACUUCGAUUUCACGUGUCCCCUCUUUUAAAAUUCUAUUUUGCCAGGGUAGGCAGAAUUUCGGAUUGUAUGAUUUAUUAAAUACGCUUUGAAAGAGGAAAGUAGUAAGUUACGGCUAAUCAGUUAUCACAUUUGUCUUGGGAGCUAAUAAUACGAGACAGAGAGGUGCAGGAAUGGGAAUAAUAAUAUAACAGGUCAAAAUCAGAGGUCUCUAAACUCUAUCACUGUUCUUUCCCUUUGUGCUCUUUUUAGAAUUGAGAAUACCAUUCUUGUUACGUUUCUAUAAUUACGAACUUUUUGUAUAUACCUUGUAGCAGAAGAUAAGAGUCAUUAAAGGGCAUAAAAAUAUUAAAUGCCAAAGAGAAUUAUUCCGUGGUACCUUUUCUUGCCCUGUUCAUUUUUUUUUCUAUUUUUCAGUCACAAGCAUGUUGAGAGGUUUCUACCGAAGAAACUAGCAUGUAAAUUAGCUUUGAAUUUCUUAGUGUGUCCAUCACUAAGUUCAUUUAUAAACAACUCGAGCAAAUUAAUUAUUACUUUUCAAGUAGGUACAAAACGGCUUAAAGAGGGAGGUUACUGCUCUAGAGAAACAACGAACUGCACAGCAUUGUAAUGAGACUCAGCCUGAUAUUGUUUGCUGGCAAUACUCUGACCUCCACGAAGAAAAGCUGAUAUUAAAAGAUUGGGGGUUUUCAUCAUGUUCCGUCUAGAGCUAGUAUAUGGCACAAGACUUUGAAAUUCUUACUGCCUUGAAAUCAGUGACAUUUUAAACACACAUAAGCCUUGCUGGCUCGGGAUGGAGCCGACUCUUAGAGACGUCUGACUCACAUGUCUCCCUCGUUCUCCAUU